AUGAUCCCAGGGCGGCGGACACCUACCACAAGCACAAUGCAGAGUAUAAACCCCGACUUGAACACUCGCUACAAAGUCCAGGGCUUCCCACAUAACCGACAAUAUCCCGGACUCCCCCCGAAAUAUACCUGGGACGGACAGAAGCAAAGCUAUUGCCCACGAAACUUGCAGAUCAAAUCAGCAUCGGGCAAGUUCGAGCUGAAGAACAAAUAUGGCUAUGUAUUCUCUCAUCGCGGACUAUACGAACGUGCCUCAGGGAUCAUCGAUAACUCUUUCGCUGCAAUCGCCAAUGGAACAAGCCAGGGUCUCUUUCUACACGAGGUGGACGCGAUUGUUUUGGAUAGGCUGGACCGCGCAUUCAUAGCCCAUGAAUUGCACCCAAAGCGCAUCGCGAACCUGGAUGAGAUUUGGGACGCCUAUUCUUUUCACCAAAUAGUUACAACGGGUCUCGUAAUAAGGGGUGUCAAGACGGGACCGGUAUCACGGAAGCAGGCACAUGAUGAUGGCCAUCUGAGUUCGAGCCCUAGCCCGGACGCUAGGAUACAACAUGCCACAGACGCUGAGGAAAUGCCAUCGCAUACAGCCUUCGCCAGCACAUACUUGAACGCCGAAGGAGAUAUACCAGGUCUCUUGGAGAUGCUCUGGAACGAAACGCGCAACCCCGUGGGACGCACUCUGCAAAUCGACUUCAGAAACAAGGACUUUGCCAAGGCAAUCCCUUACUACUCCUUUCACAUCUCCAAGACGCAGUUCCCCACAUCGGAAAACUCACGAGGUUUGCAGCACACGCUGGCCUGGAAAAUGUUUGAAUCCACGAUGCUGAAGGGUUACAACUGCAACUUCAAAUCUUUCGAUGCCCUUUACGUGGAGAUUGAGAGGGAGUCGAACAAGACGUAUGGGCGAAACUGCUUCAAACUGCAGCAUCUUCACUUGUUUCCCCCGUUGAUGAUGGUCUUUUACGCGGACCCGAUCGUCGAUUUGGCAAAGAAUACGCGGCCGGCAAAUCCUCUAUGGGGCAGACGGAGCUACGAGCACAUUUACAGUGUGUGCCUGAAGCAAAUCGAAUCCUUUGUCGGUAUCGACACGGGAGUUCCUGGGAUGCCUUACAGUUUUAUUCUGGAAAUCUGUCACAGUGGCCUCGGCCUGCGUUAUGACAGGGCCAAGAAUAUCGCCAGAAACCCGCUCGAUGACGAGUUGCUGGUUGACGAGAAAGUCAUCUUUGAAAGUCUCGUCGAUCGGGUCAUGAUCGAUGUCAGUUUGAAACUACGGGAGGAACACCCCGAUCUGCUAUUUUCGUCAUGCACGCGCUUGCCUGAUGUAAUAACCACGGAGGGGGCAUACAAGGCGUCUUUUCAGGACGCGGAAUUGAGGCGCUUCGAAGAUGGGGAAGCAGGACUUUCAGCCAAACUACGGGCCCUCCCCGGGGGCCUGUAUCCGCCGAGUCAUCUUGUUGUUGCCGACGACCCGACGGCAGAAAUCGCCGCUCGGACCUGGAUGGACGAGGAAGGGGAGAUGGACCGAUCACGAUUGAUGGACAUGUCCUACGAGCAGUGGAUCACGACUUGUGCAAGCCCCGAGGUUCGAGCCGGCCUCUUGGCACUCAACCAGCAUGGGUUUCUGGCAAACAGAUUUGUCCCAGAGAAGCCGCUGGAGCGUAAACGGGAUGCGAUUGACAAGGUCACAAACUGGAAAAGGGACUUGCAGUUCCCAAUGGAAAGCCCGAACGAAGAGCCUGCGACUGCAACCAACAGCUGGAGCGCAUACAAGGCAGCAUCACGGGGCGAAGAGGGUCGACUUCGCGUACUGAUUGCACGGCGCGUCUCCCUAAACGACUCCACGGGGAGAUAUGGCACUCCUUUGGCGGUAGCAUCAGCAAAAGGCCACGGUGCGAUUGUCCAGUUGCUGCUGGAUGCAGGGGCUGACGUCACGUUUGAACAGAAAUGGGGUUCCUCCUCUGAAAUCGCAAGCUUGUAUGGUUCUCCUCUAGAACUUGCGUCCUACUACGGCCACGGCCAUAUCGUGGAGAUUCUUCUCAAAAGGCUGGGGGCGGAAAUGGAUUUAACCCACCAAGCAACAAAAAACCAAUACAUCCGGGCCGCACUCCAUCAAGCAUCUGAGCAGGGACAUGAAGAAGUUGUGCGUCAGUUGCUCCACGCAGGAGCAGACAUGGGAUCUCUCGGCAAUCGUUAUCAGGCGACCGCGCUGCAGAUAGCAUCUUCCCGCGGUCACGUCAGCAUAGUUGAAGCACUCCUCAACAACAACGCCAACGUCAACGCCCACGGAACACGACACUGCACCGCACUACGCGCAGCAUGCAGACACGGACACGUCGGUGUAGCCCAGCUCCUCCUCCACCACGGCGCCAUUGUUGAUUUCCCGCUAGAAACGUGGUUUAGCCAAGAAAUCCGCACGCUCCUCCAAACAAGCGGCAACAGAUCAGCACCUGGACCGUGUACAGGCCCAACGACAGAACCAAGCUUAACACCAGAACAACACAUUCCCGGAGAACUCCGCUUCGACAAUCUAAGCUGGCUGGCGAAGCACGGAUUCGACAUAACUCCGCUGGUUGACACCAUGAAGAGCAACGGAUGGCCGAGACGAAACCCUCGGUGGCAUCUGUCGAAUUUAUCCCAUCCCCCUGACCACUACAAAGUAGUGGCUCGGGGGGAGGAGAAGAGGAGACGACGGCGCGAAGAGGAAGUUUUGAAGCGAAUCAAGAAUUGGACGGCGGGUUUGACGAACGUAGAAACGCCGACAAAGUAUCACCUCAAGCAAAAGCGACAGCGUGUUGAGAGGAGACUUGAGAGCUGUUGUGGGUGUUUGCUCUGCGUCUUCGACAAGCAGGCUCACGAGUCGUUUGAGGGGAGGGUACAGGCGUAUAAUACAGAGCUUGCUGAUCCGGUUGCUUUUACGCUGAAGCAGAUGAGGGAUCGAUGUCUGAGCGAGGAGAGAGUAAGGCUUGAGGCGGAGGUUAAGUAG